GGGCCUGGGAGGACUCACGCUGGGACAUGCUGACCACAGGCUUCCAGGCGGCCGAGCCCCACUAGACCCCAAGGAAACCGUGGCUCUGGCUGCGCCUCAACAUGAGCAGCCCACAGCCUGCCGCCCGAGGAGGACUUUCCGAGGUGGAGAUCAUCUCCCAGCAGGGGGACGAGGAGACCAAGAGCGUCGCUGCGGGGCAGCUGGCGAGCUUUGCGUAUCGGGACUUGCCCCUGGCCCCCGUCGACCUCUCCGCGGCGGGCUCGCAGCUCCUGUCAAACCUGGACGAAGAUUACCAAAGAGAAGGGUCCACCUGGCUGAGGCCGUGCUGCGGGAAGAGAGCAGCCGUGUGGCAGGUAUUUUUGCUCAGUGCCAGUCUCAACAGUGUCCUGGUAGCCUGUGUAAUAUUGGUGGUGAUUCUCCUGACCCUGGAACUGCUAAUAGAUAUAAAGCUCCUCCAGUUUUCCAGCGCCUUCCAGUUCGCCGGCGUCAUCCACUGGAUCAGCCUGGUCAUCCUCUCCGCGUUCUUCUCCGAGACUGUCCUCCGCAUCGUGGUGCUUGGGAUCUGGGACUACAUCGAGAACAAGAUCGAGGUGUUUGACGGGGCCGUGAUCAUCCUGUCCUUGGCCCCGAUGGUGGCGUCCACUGUGGCCAACGGGCCCCGGAGCCCCUGGGAUGCCAUCAGCCUCAUCAUCCUGCUCCGCAUCUGGCGGGUGAAGAGGGUCAUCGAUGCUUACGUCCUGCCCGUGAAGGUGGAGCUGGAGCUGGUCAUCCAGCAGUACGAGAAGGCCAAGGUCGUCCAGGACGAGCAGCUGGAGAGGCUGACGCAGAUCUGCCAGGAGCAGGGGUUUGAGAUCCGGCAGCUGCGGGCGCACCUGGCCCAGCAGGACCUGCCGCUGCAGCCCUCCCCAGACAGCGGCGUCCCGGACCCGGCCGUGUGUGUGGUCACCACGGCUGCCAUAGACAUCCACCGGCCCAACGUCUCCUCGGACCUCUUCUCGGUGGACGUGCCCCUGAAGCCCAGCAGCAAGGGCGCCUGGGUGAGCUCCGCCUCCGCCUCUGCCUCCGAGAGCGCGUCCUGCUCCACUGGCAGCUCCGUCACCGGGGCCCAGAGCGACAGCAGCCAGACCCUCCCCUCCCCCCUGCCACUGUCACCACCACCCCAGCCGCCCGUGGCGGAGACCACCGUCCAGGACCUGCUGUCCUCCCUGUCAGACGACCCCUGCCCGUCCCAGGGGGCCUGGGACCCAGCCCCCUUUGCCCAGCCCAGCCCCGCGGGCUCCCCCCAGACCAGCCCGGAGCUGGAGCACAGGGUCAGUCUGCUCAACCGCAAGAACCAGGAGGGCUUCCCCGUCCUGCAGCUCAAGCCCACCCUCCACUUCCAGGCCGCCGCCCCGACGCUGCACAGGUUCUCCUCGUUGGAAUCCAAAGAGCAGACGCUGCACAGGGUCCCGGAAGCCUAGAGUCCCGCUGGGCUGGGGGUGACGGGCAGACAGCCCGGGGCCCAGAGGCCACCCAGGGCCAUACGAGGGACCCAGGAGCCCACCUGGCCUCUCGGGUGCCGCCUGCCUCCAGGGAGGGGACGCCAGGCCAGGAGGACACAUGCCUCAGACCUCGCCGCCCAGAGCUGGUGCCUCCCUCUGGCUGAUCAGGGGAAGGUGGUGCUCGGCUGGGGUUUUAAACCAUUUUUACAAGAACCAGCCUGUGGCCCAGCCUCUGCCAUCGCCUUCGCUCCCGGCCCCUCGGGAGCAGCACUGUGAGCAGGGGCUCCAGCCCCACCCGCGCCCUCGCGUCCAGGCACCUGGGUGGAGCCCAGUCUCAGACGACCACUGAGCCCACGUCGUUCCUCAUUCUCUCAUUUCCGCAUGAGCCUUUCUGAGUAUUUUUAAGACAAACCCUAGUUUCCACCCUCACAGGACGUAAGGGGUGAGUUUGGAGGUGGGUGGGCGUGUCCUGGGGAGGGACGCCAUUUUGCACACUCAGCUUUGUAAUAAAAGCCAGCUGCACUGAG